GACCACAGGUGGAGGAGGCAGUCGUGCGUGGAGUGCCAUCUCACCAUUCCGGGAGGUGAUGCCCCGUGUCUUCCUGGUCAGGAGUCGGCGUCCACAGCCAUCCAACUGGGGCCACUUGCCUGACCAGCUCCGGGGAGAUGCCUAUGUCCCAGACUGCAGCAACCAGCGGGGCCCAUCAGCACACCAGUCUUCUGGCCUUGGGGACUCUUGGGCAGCGCCUAUGCAGGGCAGUCUGGCCUCCACUCCCAGGGGCCCUGGGACACUUGGCUGCCCACUCUGCCCCAAGGCCUUCCCUUUGCAGCGCAUGCUGACACGGCACCUCAAGUGCCACAGCCCUGCACGCCGCCACGUGUGCCGCUGCUGUGGCAAGGGCUUUCACGAUGCCUUCGACCUCAAGCGCCACAUGAGGACUCACACUGGGAUCCGGCCAUUCCGCUGUGGAGCUUGCGGGAAAGCAUUUACUCAGCGCUGCUCACUUGAAGCUCAUCUUGCUAAGGUGCACGGGCAGCCAGCCAGCUACGCUUAUCGUGAGCGCCGGGAGAAGCUGCAUGUGUGUGAGGACUGUGGCUUCACAUGCUCGCGGCCUGACACCUAUGUGCAGCAUCGUGCCCUGCACUGUGUUGAGACUGUGCACCCACACAACACAUGAGAGGCAAAUAAAUGCAGGAAAUGCACGCACAGAA